UAGAAAGAAACUGAACAAAUUUUUCAUUCAAACGAAAAGAAGAAGAAAACAAACUCAAACUCGGAAGAAGAAAAGGUCGUAGCUUUCUUCUUCUUCUUUUUCUUCUUCUUCUUCUUCUUCACUGCGAAGAUGAACGGAGGCCCAUCUGGUUUCACAAAUGCUCCUGUUACAAGGGCUUUCAUCAUCGCUUCAGCGCUUUUCACAAUCUUCUUUGGGAUCCAGGGUCGUUUCAACACUUUGGGCUUGUCUUAUCAGGAUAUCUUUGGAAAGCUUCGCAUAUGGAAGUUGAUUAUGUCUGUAUUUUCCUUCACAUCAACACCCGAGUUGAUGUUUGGAUUGUAUCUGCUAUAUUACUUCAGGGUAUUUGAGAGACAAAUUGGUUCCAAUAAACACUCGGUGUUUAUUGUGUUCUCCAUGUUAACCUCACUACUAUUUGAAGUAGUUGCUGUAGCACUUUUGAAAGAUCCUUCAACAACCCUAGUCACUCCUGGACCUUAUGGCCUUAUAUUUGCUUCAUUUGUACCCUUUUUCUUUGACAUUCCCGUUUCAACACGGUUCCGUAUUUGUGGUUUCCACUUCUCAGAUAAGUCAUUCAUAUAUCUAGCUGGUCUUCAGCUUCUACUGUCAAAAUGGAAAAGGUCCAUGUUACCAGGGAUGUGUGGCAUCCUUGCCGGUUCCUUAUACCGUUUGAAUGUCUUCUAUAUCCGCAAAGCAAAGUUUCCGGAGUUUAUUUCAUCAUUCUUUUCACGAAUUUCCUUGCCAUCUAUGGGGACUCCACGCACAACAUCAACAAGGAAUGUUAUGGGGAAUGUACCAUCCUACCCAGCUCGCCAAAUGGAGAGAAACUAUCCGGCUCCAACGCAUUCUGCAGUAGAACCAUCAGAGGACUCAAUCAUAACCCUUGUUUCAAUGGGAUUUGACAGGAAUUCUGCCAGACAAGCCCUAGUGCAGGCCAGAAAUGACGUGAAUGUGGCGACAAACAUCCUACUGGAGGCACAGUCCCACUAAUUCCUUCCAUAAACAAAAGAUGGAUUAUUCGGAAUUGAUGAUGGAAGGCCACUCCUCAACAAGUCUUGAUGUGAGGAUUGGAGCAUUCAUGUGAUCAUCCUUGAGUAUUUCAACUCCUAUUCAGGGUCAUUUUUCUCACCUUAACUUUAAUUUUUAGAUAUAUCCAUUUUAGUGCUGGUGUUAAUAGAUCAAUGAGAAUUAGAAGCCUGUACAAAUUACUUUAAACAUAUGGAAAACAUGCGUUUCCUUUUACUAGAGAUAUUGUUCCAUGCAGUUUAUUGAAAAGCACGCAGCCAUUAACUAUGUUACUCUGAUGAGUAGUGCUUACAGUCUAUAAUUGAAUUU